ACAGAAAAGAAAAAUGUAAAGGAAAAGCACUAUUACUGGUUUAUCAAAUGGCCUGCCUAAAGCCAUUAGAACAAGCAUUGCACACCAUCUGUUUUUUCCUAUAGUUCAAAAUGUUCAUUUGUUCCAACGUGUUUCGCCGAACCUCCUUUUCCAACUGGUUCCUGAAAUGGAAGCUGAAUACUUCCCUCCGAAGCAAGACGUAAUUUUGCAGAAUGAGGCACCAACUGAUCUGUAUAUAAUAGUUUCAGGAGCAGUGGAAUUUAUAGCACAGAUUGAAGGGCUAGAGCAAACAAUUGGAAAAGCUGUUGCAGGAGAAAUAUUUGGAGACAUAGGUGUUUUAUGUGGGAGACCACAGCCAUUUGCUGUUCGAACAACCGAGAUUUCUCAGAUUCUAAGGCUAAACAGGACAUCAUUGAUGAACAUUCUUCGAGCAAAUCCAGAAGAUGAACGGAUUAUUAUGAACAAUCUAUUGAUGCUCAUAAAAACAUUAGCCAACGAUGAAGAGAGAGGAUCGUCAACAUGGUCUUGUUCAAACCUCCCUUUGGAGCCCCACGUCCAACUCCAGGUCUGUUAACAAGUUGAAUUCCCCUCCCACAGCAGGGUUGUUCACAAAGGCGUCGCCAAUGCCCUGGAACCAUUCCAAGUUCACAGGCAAGUGUGGCAGGUCUAAAUGCACAAUUUGCCAUUUACAACCAGCUGGAAAGGCUA